CACGUGGCAGCCAUAUGGGCAUCGCACCCUCCUCGCAUGAAGCAUUCCAAGGCUGGCAACUCGGAUUGGCCGUGUCGAUUCGGAAGAAAAAAAAAAAAGAUGCGUCAGUUCGCUUGCGCGGGGUGUCCUCUUUGUUGGACUGAUCUCUUAUUUUUGAUCAUUUGUUUUUAUUCUUCCUGGUCCCCCCUGCAGUGACCCCAUCUCAUAUCGCGGUUCUACGCUUUACGAGACGGACAACAUGACGGUGUCGGUACCCCAGACACCAUCUCAAGAUGGGGUGACAACACUGAAGACCAAGGGUGAGAUAGAUGAGGUACGCUUGGAAGCUGCUCUCGGCCAUAAACAGGAAUUGAAACGAAAUUUUGGAUUGUGGAGUUUGACAAGCUUGGGCAUUGUGAUCGCCAACUCUUGGGCAGCCACGGGCGGAACGAUCGUUGCAGCCCUCCAAAAUGGUGGUCCCAUGGCUGUGAUCUACGGCUUGAUUCUUGUUAGCAUUUUCUACACUGCUAUCUCGGCUUCAUUGGCUGAACUCUCUUCAUCCAUGCCGUCGGCGGGCGGCGUGUACUACUGGUCCUCGGUUCUUAGUCGAAGUCGAGGACGUGGAGCAGGGUUCUUCACGGGAUAUCUGAAUGCCUGUGCAUGGCUUUUAUCUGCCUCCUCCAUGAGCUCUAUGCUCGGAAACGAAGCGGUGGCUAUGUACUUGCUUAAAUACACGCGUGUGGAUUGGCAUGCCUGGCAGGUGUUUAUUGUCUUCCAGAUUGUCAAUUGGUCCUGCUGUGCCAUUGUUUGUUUCGGAAAUCGAUUUAUCCCCUUACUUAAUCGGAUCGCACUCACCUUGUCCAUGGUCGGACUGGUGGUUACCGUGGUCGUGUUGGCCGUCAUGCCAAAGAAGCACGCCAGUAACGCUUCAGUUUGGAAAGAAUAUCACAAUAUGACGGGCGGCUGGUCAGAUGGGGUAUGUUUCAUGACUGGAUUAUUGAACGCAGCCUUUGCAGUCGGGACUCCCGAUUGUAUCAGUCAUCUCUCAGAAGAAGUACCAAAACCGGAAGUCAGAGUACCUCAAGGCAUUAUGCUACAAAUGCUCACAGCCUUUGCGACAUCCUUUGUCUAUCUGAUCGCCCUCUUCUACUCCAUCCAAGACCUAGACGCCGUCUACGCCAGCAACAUUGGGUUCUUCCCAACCGCCGAGAUCUACCGACAAGCAACCGGCUCCAACGCAGGCGCUAUAGCCCUGAUAGCGGUCCUCUUCCUCGCUACAUUCCCGACGCUCAUCGGCACUUUCGUCACGGGCGGACGCAUGUGGUGGAGUCUCGCCCGUGAUAACGCUACUCCCUUCGCAAGUUACUUCGCCCAAGUCCAUCCCACCCUCAACUGCCCUGUUCGCGCGACGGUAGCCAUGAGUGCCAUGGUCACUUGUCUAGGAUGUAUCUACGUCGGCAGUACAACCGCCUUUCAAGGGUUGAUAUCCUCCUUCAUCGUGCUAAGCUCGUUAUCCUACUUUGGCGCGAUUUUCCCCCAUGUCCUUUCUAGACGAGGAAACAUGGUCCCAGGCCCCUUCUACAUGGGACAGAAACUGGGAAUGGCAGUGAACAUCACGGCGUUGAUGUACAUCCUCGUCACGGUCGUGUUCUUCUGCUUCCCGUUCGUGUUGCCGGUAACGGUGCAGAAUAUGAACUAUACGAGCGUGAUUAUCGUGGGCCUGAUGGCUCUUACGGCGAUGUGGUGGAUUUUCCGGGCGAGACGCGAAUACCAGGGUCCGCAGUAUAGCUUCGAAGCUGCGGAGAGAUUGAGUGCAUUCCAGGCUGGUAAGGAAGGGCGGAGGUCGUUUAUUGAUGUAGCGAGCCCGACCCCACCGCCUUGUCUUGACGAUCAUAUCCAUGUGUGAAAUGAUGAGAUGACAAGUACCAAUUGUGAUGAUGAACAUGGCUGUAUGAUGCGAGGCUUCUUGUAUUUUGGGGUUGACUUUGCUUGAUUGGUGGCUUGAUUGGUGGCUGUAUCUAUUGUUUUUCUUUUUUUGUGUAUAUCUUAUUCAAGCAGCUGCGGCGUAUGGAACCAAUUGGCCAUGAUACAAAAUUGGAUGCAACUUCCACAGUCAAUUUCGAUCAAUACCAGCACUGCCAAUCCAAUGUAAACGAAGCGAUCUAUAAGAUUGAUAAGAACAAGAAGAUUAAGAUUCCAUCACAUUCAAUCGAGCUCAUAGAAGCUCCUUAAAAGUCAUAACAUGUCAUGUUUGAGGGAAGGAAAUCCCAUAAUCGGUAUCCAAAUGAGUUACCUACGCUGCUCUGCGCUGCUCACAGGCGAGACUUGAUACUCUGACCACCCUCCCACGAGUCACCUGCCUCAAGGGUCUGCCAAGCAGAAACAGAGCCAGCCUCAACACAGAUCAUGUUCUUGUAUGCAUCAUCGGGGCCAAAGUCGGACAUGCCCUUGGCCUUCUCAAUCCAAGGGUUCCAAACAACGAUAUCGCCGAGAGCUUCCCGGGUGAUGGAGAAGAGAGGCUGAUCGCCCGAGGCGGAGGAGACAACGAUCGGCUUGGCGGGGUCUAGACCUUGGUAAACGCGAUCGGUUUCUUCCGUGAUGGCCAGGGCAGGAGAGGAUUCGGUGUGGGUGCUUGCGUUGCGGGUCUUGUCGAUGUAGGUCUUGGAUUCAAGGUUCUUGACGCGAAUAUUGGAGAUGUCCUGUGAUUGUUAGAUCCGAGCGCGCUUUAUGCAACAAACACAAGACUUGAGAGAAACUAUACCUCCACGGCCAGGUAGGUGUGCAUCAGAACCUGGAACUCAAAGUUCUCCUUGCCCUCGUUUGUAACCUGGAGGGAGGUCCGGAGCGCAUCCUUGGUCAAAGUGACGCUGUACACCAGUCCAAACUCGUACGGCCAUGCCUUCCGGAACUCCUCGCUCAACAUGGUGUGGGAUAGACCGAAAUCCAACUUGACGGCCAGAUCUCCCUUGCCGGCUUCCGAGGAGGACUUUCCGAGGAACUCCCAAGUCGAGUUGCGAGCGAAGCCAUGCUGGGGGAGGGACGAAGUGGCGUGGUUCUGAGGAGGGGGGCCGAAGACCUGUCCAUUCAAAGCUUCGCAUUAGCAUCCGUUCCUGUAUAGACGGGUCGCAAGUCAAGAAGAGCAAGGGCAUACCGGGAAAACGAGCGGAAUACCACCGCGAAUCGGCUUGGAGCCAUCCAAAUGGGCUGUCUUGCUCAAAAAUAGUUGUUCCUCACCGUUCGCCUUCCAUGAGGUGACCGUGGCACCGUACAGGUAGACUGUGACGGACUCGCCGGAGGGCAGGCUGGCCUCGAUAAUGCCAUCCUGGACGGAGACGGAAGGCUGUGGGAGAGAGGCACCCACACCGAUUGCAGAGGGUUUCUUGGAGCGGUCCAUUGCGAGGCGAGAGAGGGGAUUGAUGUUUGGAGAAGAUCUUAGGGACGAGAGGGUUGCGGGUGCUGGUUGAGGUCAUGGCGGG